AUGCUCUUUUUUAUUUCUUUAUUAAAGAGUAUAUUUAUUUAUUUCCAUAUCCCUCUCUCUUUCCAUGUAUCUCAAUCUGUUUCUAUCUAUCUAUCUAUCUAUCAAUCUAUCAUAAUUAAUAUUAUUCCUCACAGUCUAGGAGAAAAGAACUGGAUAUCAGGAGAUUCUCUGUCACCCUUUCAAGGAGACUCUCUGUUGCCCUUUCAAGGCGACUCACUGUUACCCUUUCAAGCAGACUCUCUGUUGCCCUUUCAAGGAGACUCUCUUUCGCCCUUUCAAGGAGACUCACUGUUACCCUUUCAAGGAGACUCUCUUUCGACCUUUCAAGGAGACUCUCUGUCACCCUUUCGAGGAGACUCUCUUUCGCCCUUUCAAGGAUACUCACUGUUACCCUUUCAAGGAGACUCUCUGUUGCCCUUUCAAGUAGACUCUCUGUCGCCCUUUCAAAGAGACUGUCGCCCCUUCAAGGAGACUCUCUGUCGCCCUUUCAAGGAGACUCUCUGUCGCCCUUUCUGUUCUGUUCUGUCGUUAAUCCCUUCCUUUGAAUAA